UUUGAUCAUAAGGCAUGCAAAUCUCAGUUUCAGAGUAUAGAGCGGUAUAGGGAGAGAGUGAAAACCUUGCAGUUUUGCUUCAGUCGUCAAAGUUGAAGGGUGGCUGGGAAUCCUAGGAAAAUCUUAAAGCAACUGAAUAGUAGGCUACAACUUAAUGUGAUGCAUUGGAAAUAAAUUGCUUAAUGUUAUGAUGAAGGUGCUUUAUUUCAUGAACUAUUUUAUGAUUUUAAUCAAAAUAUUUGAUUGGUAUUUCUGUGAUUGCUUACUAAUGCCUUGUACUACACACGGGAAAUCAACAUGGGAGUUUCAAAAAUGUAGGCAACCAAUGACCUUCCUUACGCGGUUACCUAUGAGGCGCUCACUUAAUGACUGAUAUUGAUAUAUGGUGAUUUUUGUUCCCGGAUCACAUGACACAAUUACCUCAAGAAUCGAUCAAGAUGAGAAUUGCACGUCAGCGUACGUUUCCGAUUUUUUCUUCCUCGCGAGUCCUAUCCACACGCAUAUGGUGCAAUAGAUGGACAAAGUUUACCAGUCAAGCAGACGAUUUUUCCUCUCUAAGUGAGCAAUGACGGACUACGAGGAUCGCAGCAACUGUGCAUCUAAUAUGUAUUUACCGUACUAUGUUUCUGCUCCUGAUUUCUCAUCGGUCUCUUCGUUCUUACCACAAACUACGUCGUGUCAAGUCAAUUUUCCCUAUUCUUCCAACCUAGCGCAAGUCCAACCUGUUCGUGAAGUGACUUUCAGAGACUAUGGACUGGAUCAUCCGAGAAAAUUGCAUUACAGGGGCAAUUACGCUUCGUACUAUUCAACGGAGGAUAUAGUGCACCGGGAUCUCCUGCAGUCAUCAAAAAGAGCUGAAAUGAUUUUUAAGAACGAUUCCAUGUAUAGCCAUCACGGUGGUACUAACUCCUCUUGCAAUUUUUUCACCAACGCCGGCCGACAUGGGGUACUUCCACAAGGAUUUGAUCAGUUUUUUGAGACUGUUAACUCUGAGAAGCCCAACCCUGAGCAGUCCAAACAAAAGCCAGAUACGAGUGUCCCCGGAGAUGCUGCAUGCAAUGUUUCUACAGACAGCGCGGAGCAGACCAAACAAGACCCUACAGCAGCCGUGGAGGAGGAAUCCUCAAUAUCAACCUGCGAUGAAGAAAAGAACAACGGCUCAAGUACAACAAAGUCCAGAAAAAAGAGAUGUCCAUAUUCGAAAUACCAGCUCCGAGAACUUGAACGAGAAUUCUUUUUCAAUGUGUACAUAAACAAAGAGAAGCGUCUGCAGUUGUCCAGAAUGCUCAGUCUCACAGACCGACAAGUGAAGAUUUGGUUCCAGAACCGAAGGAUGAAAGAGAAAAAGAUGAACCGAGAUCGUCUCCAAUAUUUCACUGGAAAUCCAUUGUUCUGAAAGCCAUGAUAUUGGCCGAUGAGACGAUGAAACGAUGGCUAUUCUAUUAUGUCAUAUUUGUUGGACAUCAUCCAGUUAUUUUCACGUCAACUCUGUAUUUUACAACUAUGCAAAAUACUUGCUAUCAAAAAUGAAUGUGAUCUGCGAUUAAAAUUCGGCACAAAUGAUCUACAACAGUGUAUUCGCGAUGAAGAAAAGGAUCAGUUAUCAGGAACAUAGCUCGACAAUCUCGUCAUACUUUGUGUUAAUGGAAUUGAAAUGCAGUAGCAUUGUAUUUGUAUUUAUUUAUUGUGUUUUUCAUUGUUCCUCGAAGUACAUCCAAUUAAUACACUGCAUAAGCAGCAAUCCGUUUGGUUACAUCAAGAGUACGUAAUUACAUUGAGGUAAAACUGUAUGCAUUUAUUCGUUUGAAGCAUGUAAUGUAUCUAUGUAUUAAAUAAAUAAAUAAAAAUACAGCAGAUUUCUAUCUA